ACUUCCGGCGCGGCCUACCCGUACCGCGGAGCCCCGGAUGGCGGCGGCGGCGAGGCUCGUCUGGGUGGCGGCGGCGGCGCUGCUGACUCUCACGGCGGCGGGGAACAAGACCUCUCCGGCCGGGGAGCCCGCGGCUACGGAGGCGGCGCCGACGACGGCGGCGACAUCCGGGUCCUCUUCCUCCUCUUCCUCGUCGUCUUCUGGGCUGCUGGGCCUGCAUAUGCCGGCGCUUCACCGGGCGCUCUACGUCAUCGCCGGCGUGGCCGGCAUCGGCCUCCUCUACUACCUCGGCGGCCGAGCGCUGCGGUGAGGAAGAGGAGGAGGAGGGGGAAGACCCCCCCCAAAGGCACUUCCGGGUCGGGACCCGGAUGCGGCCCCCAGGCCCCUUCCCCCGGCCCUCAGAACCUUCCCACGAAGCCACGCCCACUCCCCACCUUUUCUAUAUUCUGCCUUGCUUAUGAUCGUAAUGCGAUGUGGGUUAAACCACAGAGCCUAGGACUUGCCGACCAGAAGGUCCUGCCCACCUAGCAGUUCGAAAGCACGUCAGAGUGCAAGUAGAUAAAUAGGUACCACUCCGGCGGGAAGGUGAACGGCGUUUCCGUGCGCUGCUCUGGUUCACCAGAAGUGGCUUAGUCCUGCUGGCCACAUGACCCGGAAGCUGUACGCCGGCUCCCUCGGCCAGUAAAGCGAGAUGAGCGCUGCAACCCCAGAGUUGGCCAUGACUGGACCUAAUGGUCAGGGGUCCCUUUACCUUUACCUUACUCUUCAGUUACUCUUCACCCUCAUUAAAAGGUUCUUUAAUUCCUCCUCACUUUCUGCCAUCCAGCAGGACUAAGCCGCUUCUGGCUUGCCAGAGCAGUGCACAGAAAUGCCGUUUACCUUCCCGCCGCAUUGGUACCUAUUUAUCUACUUGCCCUGGCGUGCUUUCGAACUGCUAGGUUGGCAGGAGCAGGGACCGAGCAACGGGAGCUCACCCCGUCACUGCGGGGAUUCAAACCGCCGACCUUUUGAUCAGCAAGUCCCAGGCUCUGUGGUUUAACCCACAGCGCCACCCGCGUCCCUAACCGAAGAGUAGACCUGCUGAAAUGAAAUGUCGCUAAGCCGGCCACCUCCGCAAAUUGCUUAACGUCACACACAGCCCGUGAUGAGCACAACCGUAGCUGAACGCAGGCCAUUUUUUUGCAGGACGAGGAAACCGCCGCGGAAAAAGUAUGGGCUCCUUUCCAACUCGGAAGACCCCAUGGAGAUGGCCUCCCUCGAGAGCGACGAAGAUACCCUGUUUGAAACACGGAAUUUGAGACGGUGAGUGCCAAGUAUGAAUGUCCCUUGGGGUUGUGGGUGUUAGGCUGGUGACACCGAAGUCCUGCCGCAGGAUUAUAUCAAGGUUGAACAGCCAAGGAUGUGUUUAACUUCCCCUGCUUCUAUGGGGUGUGUUCAUCUGGUGAGUGUAUCUUUAAUAAUAAUUGAUCGGCUCCCAGUCAAAUAUUAAAAACACAAUACAGCAUUAAGCAUUAAAAACUGCAGGAGAUGCCGGAAGGAGGCGUACAAGGCGCUAUCCAACCAUCUUAGGGAUUCUGGAUUUGUGUAGGGUUUACUCCUGAGCCUUUAAUAAUAAUAAUAAACUGGUACCUCAGGUUUCAGACUCCACUGACCCAGAAAUAGUACCUCCGGUUAAGAACUUUGCUUCAGGAUGAGAACAGAAAUCGUGCGGCGGCGGCGGGAGGCCCCAUUAGUUAAAGUGGUACCUCAGGUUAAGAACGGACCUCCAGAAUGAAUUAAGUUCUUAACUUGAGGUACCACUGUAAUAAUAAUAAUAAUAAUUUUAUAAUUUAUACCCUGCCCAUCUGGCUGGGUUUCUCCAGCCACUCUGGGGGCUUCCAACAGAACACUAAAAACAGAAUAAAACUUCAGACAUUAAAAACUUCCCUAAACAGGGCUGCCUUCAGAUGUCUUUUAAAAGUCGGAUAGUUGCUUAUAUUCUUGACACCUGACAGGAGGGCGUUCCACAGGGCGGGUGCCACCACCAAGAAGGCCCUCUCCCUGGUUCCCUGUAACCUCACUUCUCACAGUGAGGGAACCGCCACCUCCAAGUUCACGAGGGCCGGUGCAGAUAUUAGCGCUGCGGUCGUCAGCACUCUUUGGCUGGGGUAUUGUUCGGUCGGGGUACUGGGAGUUCUUGUUAUUUAUAUCAACUUCUUAUCUUUACAUCUUACCAUGUUUUAUGUGGAAACGGUUUGAUUUGGUUGCGUGUUUUUGAUUGCUUAUUACCAACUUUCGUAUGUUGCAAUUGUGUAUAUCUUUUUCAUUCUUUAGUAAGCUGCCUUGAGCCUGGGAUGGCGGCCUGCAAAUAAAAUUAUGUAUGUAUAUAUAUGUCAGGAAUGAUUGGUGGGUGCUAGUAGAGAUAAGAGUCGGGGAAUUCAGCCAUAUUUACAAAGAUUUAUUGGUUUGUUCUCGCUAUAUACAAGAGCUAAAAAGCCCGUCUCCAUCACGGUGAGUCAGUUGCCUCGACUGAAGGAGCUUUCCGUUUCCCCCAGCAUAUCCAUUUCCUGAGCCCAACCCCCUUCCUUCCUCUGUUACGAGAGUGGCUGGGCCCCGGAAGUGGCUCCCCACUCUCAGAUUCAUUGCCUCCUGACAGCCCUUCGUCACCUUCCUCGUCCGAGGAAGAACAGCUGCUAAUUAACGGAGCCUGAUCUCUGUAAGUCCCCAUUCUCUCCCCCCAAUUCCCUGACAAUAUACAUGUAUUUGGAAGACUUGUCAAGGGAUUGGAGCAACCCUUGUCAUGAGAAGAGGUUUCAAGAAGUGGUAGCCCCCAGAGGGUGAAUGUGGCCUUCGUGCCAAAGGAGAUGAGCUGCUCCUAGCCUAGUUUUCCAGUUCCUUUAUGCUCAAUGGUCAGAAGAUAGGAAGGCAAGGGCCAACUAAGUGAGCCAUUGCCUAGUUAAGCUAAGCCUUGUAGAUAGCUAGCUGGCAAAGAAUAUUCACCUCCGGUCAAGGAAGGCUUCUGAAAGCCAACACUCUUAAAAAAGAUUAAUUCAUCCACAAAACGGCUAAGAUAACUUGAUGCAAGCAAUGCUGCCUUUGUUCUCUAUUUAAAAAUUAUCCCGAUUGUCACCACACCUGGGUCUCCAAAGUGGCUUACGGCAAAACGAAACAUCUGAUAUGCACCGUUUAAAAGAUUGAGGAAUAAAAGUUUAGAAAGGCGUUUAUGGUGCAGAUGUAAAACUUUUACUGUUGCACCUAAUGGGUUUUCUAACGGGAGGGGGUUCCAUCCAGUUUGUGUGGAAUAAUAAUAAUAAUAAUAUACUAUUCAUACUACUAAUUUUAUUAUUUAUACCCCGCCCAUCUGGCUGGGUUCCCCCAGCCACUCUGGGCUACUUCCAGCCCAUUUAAAAACAUAAUAAAGCGUCAAACAUUGAAAAAAUUCCCGAUGCCUUCAGAUGUCUUCUAAAAGCUGUGUAGCUCUUUAUCUCCUUAAUCAUAAUCAUCAUAAUGAUAAUUUAUCUCAUGGGAGGGCGUUCCACAGGGCGGGUGCCACCACUGAGAAGGCCCUCUGCCUGGUUCCCUGUUGUUUCACUUCUCACAACGAGGGAACCGCCAGAAAGCCCCCGGGACAUUAGCUGCAUCUGUAUCCUAGACUGAAUCUAGAGAUAUAUUAAAAACACUGAAAAUGCUUUUUAAAAAGUUUUAAAAUAUAUAUUGAAUUUGCUAUUAGCUCACCACUGCCACCUAGUGCCGCAAUUGUAUGAGGCACUUAAAACGUCGUUUUUGCAGCUGUAUAGCUUAAACCACAGAGCCUAGGACUUGCCGAUCAGAAGGUCGGCGGUUCGAAUCCCCGCGACGGGGUGAGCUCCUGUUGCUCAGUCCCUGCUCCUGCCAACCUAGCAGUUCGAAAGCACGUCAAAGUGCAAGUAGAUAAAUAGGUACCACUCCGGCGGGAAGGGAAACGGCGUUUCCGUGCACUGCUCUGGUUCGCCAGAAGCGACUUAGUCAUGCUGGCCACAUGACCCGGAAGCUGUACGCCGGCUCCCUCGGCCUGUAAAGUGAGAUGAGCGCCGCAACCCCAGAGUCGGCCACGACUGGACCUAAUGGUCAGGGGUCCCUUUACCCUUUACCUGAGUCCGUAGAGCAACUGGCAGAUUCCCUGUAAUUUUGCUUUCGUUUUCUAGGUGAUGACGGGACCAACGGCCUUGAAGUGACCAGAGGAGGUGGAGAGCCCCAUCGGAAGCCACUUUUAUCAAUUCCCUUUCUGUUCCUUUUUUUAAAAACUGUUACUUUAAAAAAACCUGUUACCUGGAGCUGCUUUGCCCCACACAAACUUCCCUCCCGGGGCUCUUGGAGAGGAGAGAUGGCGUCCCCUCUUUUGCCCCGCGGCCGACGAGACGAAUGUAGUGACUCUGGAGAUCGAAUCGCCAAGCCCUCCAGGACUGUGUUCCUUCCACAUUCCUAAAAACAGGCAGGACCAGAGUUUCGGAUCAGAAUUCCAGCUUGGGGCAGGGGUCCCGUCACCGGUGCAACGUCGCCAGUCUGCCGCAGCUCAGGGGCCAGGAAUUUCCUCUCCUUGAGAAGGAGGGGACCAUCAGCGACGUUUGCUGCGGCUGCUCUUCUUGGGUCCAGAUGUGGCAAACCGGAAGGAGAUUGCCACUGUUUAAACCCACCCCCUUUUCCCGCCACCGGCUCCCCUGCCUCCCCUGCCGACCGGGAAAACCACGCAGUUCUUCUAUCCUCUCCCCGACAUCGGUAUCGCCUCGCCCUUUCGUUGGGUUGCCUGCAGCGGCGUUCCACAAACUGCUUUCGAAAUACAGCGCCAGCAAGAACUGGUGGCAGCUCAGGGGGUGCCGAAAAACCCAGUGCUGGCACUUAAGGAAUUUGGAAAGGUGCUUUUGUGUUCCAGGGCGAGGGACUGGCCUGAUGUCGUUGGACUCUGGUUCCCAUCAGCCCUGGUCAGUUUAGGAUGAGGGGAACUGGCGACCCACUUGUGUUUGGAUGUCCUAAAGGUUCCAGAACGGUUUUUUUGUUUCGUUUCUGUUUUGCUUACAUCCAAGCGACGACCCAAACCUUGGGCUCAUCCUCUUACAGCAGGAGGCACGGCUGCCUUCGGCUCUUCUGCAGCGUCGCAACAAAUCGCUUAGCAAUUGGAGAAAGCGUAUUCGCUGGCGAAGGAAAAUGGCAGCCAGGAAAUGCCAUUUCAACAGAACCGUCCCCUCCGUGACAAUAUCCCCUAACGGUGUACGUUGUGCCGCAGGUCAGGCUAAAAGGGGGGAACCGCGGCUAUUUAAAGCCGUUGGUUCUUUCCCUUCCGUGCUACUGAUGAGAAGGAAGAAUCAUUUCCCCCUUUCCUUCCUCACCCCAGGAAGUCAAUCUAGGCCAGCAUUCCCCCUAAACGAUUUGCAGUUCCUUCUUUUUUCCUGUGGCAUGGUAUGCUACAAACCAGCCUGCUUCUAAAUACAUCCCUGUUCAGAGUCGACCAACGCUCAUAAAUGUCAUUUAGGGUAGGAUUAACAUUGGCCGUAAUAACCCAAGAGUUUUCCAAAUGGGACAACCAGUCGGCAAGAAAACACGGCUUUCUUGGUGGGCCGCAGGUGUCUUUGUGUCGAAACGAAUCUCCUUUCCCUGGGGACCAAUAAGGCAAGGCAAUAUUUGAGAAACAGGACUGUCAGAACGAAACUGGGGCUCGCCCUUCGAUUUGGGACCAGCAGCUGUGUGUUUGUGUAUGGAGGGGCCUGGUAAAACAAUUCUGGGAAGAUAACUCGUGCAGUUUUACUCUGGUUCCAAACCUGAAAAUUUCAGUUUGAAAAACAAAUACGAGAACAAUUAUUUUAUUAAAACUCUGACUGAUGCAUUGCAGGGAAGUUAUUUCCCUCUUUCGAUAGUUCUGGAAAAACCAACCCUCCGGCUGAUACGUAAUAAACAUUCCAUCCUCACCUGCGUU